ACUGGCGCGUACUACCACGACACGCGACUUUUGAGGUGUAUCAAACAAUUUAACAUCCAACAUUGCCCAAUUUCUUUUGAAAUUUCUGACUGACGACGAAAGUGAUUCGCACUGUCUGAAUCACCAUGUUUCAAGCUAUCAUUAGCUUGUUGGUGCGCAUGAGUUUUUCUCCUACCUCUUCCUCUAUUCUUUGCUGAAGUGAGGUAGAUCCAGAGUGGAUCUCACAGGCUCAAGUGUAACCACAGAAACAAAGAAUAAGAAAAUAUGGAAACGUUUAUGGAUAAAUUGUUAACUUGCAUACCAAAAAAAGAAGAUGAUGAUGCUAAGACUUAUCUCCACAGGAUCAUUAGUUACUUUCAGAGUGGACUGUCAAUUGAAGACAGACGCGUUGCUCUGCACACGUUGUUUCGAGAGGAGGAAGGCAUACAGGCCGUCCUCUCAGCUUGUGUCAAGUAUAAUAUGAAAAAGUUGCCCUCGGACAUUCUUUCAUUUUUCUCAUUUCUUCUGGAAACUUAUCCAACCAGUCUCGAAUACCACAUUGUCGUUAUCAAGGAUGAAUGUUUGUCAUUCAUAAGAAGGGACAGUUCGUCUGCCGAUGAGAAGGCUAAGGCACUGGAAGUGCUGACUACUAUUGUUAGACUUGGCCCAUGGAAUGCCAACAUUGGUGCCCCAGCCAUCCUAUCUCAAUUAGCAACAAUGGCCUCCCACAGAGUGUCCAAGCCAACUGUUUUGUGCAAGGUUUAUGGUCUCAUUGGGUCUAUGGCUGAGCACAUGCCUCAAGAUGUGCAAAGAAUGUCAGAAAGAUUACUUAAAAGUAUGAUGAUGGAUCUUGAUUAUCAGCUCAAUCUUUCAGCCAACAUUCAGAAUCUAAUUAUUGAAGGCUGCUGUGAUGGCCUUUCCGGUUUCUUGGUGUCAUUCCCACUCAAUGAAGAGUCAUCUCCAGUUGACAGAGGUUUAUGUAGUAAAAUCUCAGAUUACAUCAAAAGAGCAAUAAAAGCAUAUAAAGAUAGAACCCAGCGAACUGCCGGAAGAGCUGCCCUUAAUCUGCUUGCUAGACAUGGAGAUCAACUGCAAGCCAGUCUAAUCUCUGACUCUGGCUAUAGAGAUUGGCACAAAGUUUUACGGGACUGGCUUCCUCUCGGCAAGGAGGAGAGAGCAGUGGCAAAGCAAGCCCUUUUGACUUUUUAUUAUGUAUUAUCAACAUACUUGUCUAGAAUGAAAAGAAUGGAUUCCUCUUUGAUGGAUAAGUUGAAAUUUUUUUCUGAUCAUUUCAAGAGUCAGUUUGAAAAAUCGGAAGAUGUUGAUAUUGCCGUUAAAGGGUUUGGUCUCUUUGCCAAGCCUAUGAAAAUGUAUUUACCUGAAGAACUGCCUGGAAUAUUCAAUAUUCUUUCACAAAGAUCUCAAGAAGAAUGUGGAAAGGGUAACCACCACAGAAUAGCUGAUUAUUUGGACUCCCUUUCUGUGCUCUGUGUUGAAUCUGGUAUAAUACACGGCUUGCAGCUUGCUAUUUUAGAAAAAUUGUCAGUUGAACUUCUAUCUCAGUUUGCUCGAGAAGAGCAUCCAACCUGGCAAACAGUGAUGAUUGAUGCUGUCAUAUGUACACUGUUACGUCUGAACCAGUCUAGUGGACAUGUAUUCAACAUGUAUUUAAAAACUUUUGUCUAUCAGGGAAUCAUUCGAUCAGUAUCACAUCCCCUUGUAGAAGAUGCUGAAAUUCUGCAGGAAACUGAGAAGCAAAAACUAACCACGUAUAGAAAUUAUGUUCCCUUUUGGCAGAGCGUAAUUACCCUUAACAGAUCAUGCAAAGGGAAGUCUGGCAUUGAUGCGUCCCUAAGUGAAAGAAGAGAUUUAUCAAGGAAAAUUAUUGAUAGAGUUUUGGAGUCUGUCAUAGAAAUUGUCAGCCGUCUUGAUCUUAGCUUAAAAGAAAAUGUUUCUUCAGAGCUGAUUUAUCACUGUGACGUGAAAAAAUGUAUUGAAGCCAACAAUCCUCUGGACUUUACCGUUCUGGUUAAUCUCGUCAACUUUACUUUUGAUCUUUUAAGCAACUUACCAGACCUAUCACAUAUUGAAAAGUGGAUCAGUCCUCUGAUUAAACUGAACAUAAUGAUGUCAACAAAGCAUCCCUUAGUGAGCAGUUUUUACAAAUUUCUUACAUGUGUCAUUCUAAUUGCUGAAAAGCUGGAUUAUUUUGGAGUUAAAACAGAAGAAAUGGAAGAUGUUGAAUGGAAACCAACUGUCAAUCUCUUAAGUGGUUUUCUGCAUGAUGUCAUCACUCGCCAAACACAGUACAGGGAUGAAUUACAAGUGGCUUGUCUACGCCUCAUGCUGUCAACCCCGUCAUGGAUCGCAAAACCUUUGCUCAGGGUCUGUGUUACUGCUUUCCAGUCGGUGUUUCGUAUUGGGUGCAGUAUGUUAUCAUUAGCUCAAGAGGGCUUGCGAACAUUGGCUCGGUGGAACCAUGACAUACCUGGUGAUAAAAUGAAAAUUUUGCUGAAGGCAGUUUUGCCAUCUUUUGACAUCCUACUCCAAACUAAAGAUAAUGUUGCUGAUGAAGAUGUAGAAGAAGACACUCUUGGAGGUAUGGCUAUGGUAAAAAAAGUUCUACAGGACAAGAAGAAAAAGAGGCUGUGGAAACAAAAAGUCAUUACUCAGUGUGACACAGAAUUGGUCCAGUUGCAAAAAGAGGUAAUCCUUUUCCUGAGCACUUUGGACAGUUCCACGUAUUUAUCCUUGUUAGAUGGCAGUGAGGACAGAGUUGGCGUGACAGCUUGGCAGAAAGAGAAGCUGCUGAUCUUCCCCUUACCUUUCCCAGACAUGAAGGUUGACAUAAGUUUGGAUGAUAUUUUGCCCCGACUCGUAGAUCUGGCCUCCAAUUGUAGUGAUCGGCAAACGCGAAGUGUGGCUUGUGAACUUCUGCAUGCAGUCAUUAUGUUCAUGCUGGGCAAAGAGAAGCAGCUGGAGUCCAACCAGCAAGGUCAUCUUACAGCGCUUUGGACUCAUGUGUUCCCUUCAAUAUUAACCCUUGCCUGUGAUAUGGAUUCAAUGGUCAAACAAUUAUUUGCACCACUAGGAGAAGAAAUGGCUCAUUGGUAUUCGAGUAAAAGCCAAGAACGAAGCAAGCAGGCAAGUGCUUUUCUUGAAGCUUUACUUGAAGGAAUUACUCACCAGACAGAUGCGGCUUUAAGAGACUACUCUGCUGGCUGUCUCCAUGAAUAUACCCUGUGGUCAAAAAAGCAAGGGCGCAUGGUGGCAAAAGUGGAGCCCGUUAUUAAGUUCAUAUCAAGCCUCUGCCAUCAUCCUUGCCCUCAAAAGCGAAUGGGUGCUGCUCUGGCAUUCAAUAGCCUUUACACAGUGCUCCGUGAAGAUGAGAGAAUUCUUGAUGAAUUUUGGAUAGAAUUACUCCACAGUUUAGUGACAAGUUUCUCCAUGUGUUCUAUGACAGGUGACAAUAAGAACACAGAAGUUCAAACAGAGAAAUCUCUGGAGCAUAUUUAUCGAGUUCUGAAAGAACGCUCUCACAUAUUUAACAUGGAUAGCAAAAACCGCAGAAUUCCUAAAGAAAUUGGCGAGGGAAAUUUGUUAAGUGUGAUGCGCUGGAUGUUGAGGUUUUGCACAGCCUUGAACUCUUCAUGUCGACGCAGCUGCAUGUCACUAGUCGAUCGUUUGUCAGGUUGUGUUACUGGCUGUUGUUCAGCAAACGACCUCAUUCUGAAGCUUGUGGAUGCAAAUGGUGAAAAUUGUUUGCUGGAAAUAGCAGAGGGAGACAAGGGGCUGGCCACAUCAUCAGAGUUUACGGCAUGGGACCAAGCCUCAUCUUGGGUGUAUUCCUUAUUAGCUAGUAUGGAGUCAUAUUCGUGGUUAAUAGGAAUAGGCAUUCCAACAGAAAGAUUAUUAACUAUGGCGGGCUCUAACUUGAUUCAGGCAUUGAUGAACUUUUCAGAGAAAGUUGUGGAAUCCCCUGUUAAUCAGAAUUUGUUAUGGAGACCCAAAGAAAUAGAAAACUUUAAUGUAGCAAAGUGCUGCACUGUUGUUCGCAUGAUAGAGUACUUAACAUGUGUUCUUGAAAAAGGACAGAUAGGAGUCCUUGAUCCAUUAUGGUCAUCAAACUUUUGGCAAAUCUUAACUUACUGCUGCAUAUGGCCAUCUUUUGUUGGUUUUGAUUCUACAUCCAAAGCUGUUGAAGAAAAUCUUCCAAGUAUUAUUGAGAAAUUUUUGAAAACAAUAUCUAGCUAUGCGUCACAGUCAACCUUGAUGAGCUUAAAAGAGCACUUGAAAGAUCAUGUUUCCAGUAUGGCAACAGCAUUGACUGAAAGAUUCCCUGAUGCUGUCAGAAAUGAUAAUGUCUCCCUUAAAGACAAAGAUUUUGUGAGAGGCUUAAGAGUCCUUCACUCCGUGUUCCAGGAAGCUCAAAAUUGGAGUGGUCUCUCUGAGAAAGUAAGCCUAAAGCUUGUUUUCGACUCAAUUGUAGAACCUGUUCCAAACAAUGAGCUUGUUCCAAUCAAAGAGCUAUGUGCACCAGUUAGUCUAAGCCCAUUGGCUCUGGAAUAUACAACAUCAAUGCUGCAACUGUACUUCACCACAAGUUCUGAUGUGAAGCCACUGAUUUUGUUGGCGGGAGAUACAUCUCAUUUGUACCGUCGUAGCAUAGAUGGAAACCUCACCCAUGGUGAGCAUUUUGUUGUGUCGUUCAAUGAGACUCUAGUUGAAAAGUUGUUAAAGAUGCCCUCAACUUCAAUUGAAAUUAUGGUGGAGCUCCUAUCUCCAGAUAUUCAUCCACAAAAUUUGAUGCUUUUACCAUCAGUGUUGAAGUUCCAUUGCCGGCCAAAGUCUGCAACUUGGAACCGCUUGCAAGAAUUCAUCGAAAGCCUGUUUUCCUCUUGGAGGAAAUUUGUUGAAUGGGCCUCAGGAGAUAGCAACAAGGAGAACUGGCUAAUUUCUCUUUUGGUUCAGAUAGUCCAACUGGAUUAUGGUUUUCAUAUGCUUAAGCAUUGUGAAGUUAUUUGCUCAUGGAUUGAAGAGGUUUUAACCCAUCCAUCAAAAUCAUUGGCACAGAAAACAGAUCUUCUGCAUUGCCUGCCAAUCAUUUGUUCUCAUUAUAAAAAUGCUGAAGUGAAGGCACUCCUACAAUCAUUUAAAGAACAUCAUUUUCCACUUCAAAGUUCAGAGUUCAAAGCUGGUACCGAAGAACACUCCAAUUUUAAGAGAGCCUUCGAAGUGCUGUUAAAAUCAAUGAUUGUCACUGGAAGCUGUGUCAUUUUACAAAUGGUCAUCAAGAUGAUGACUGUUGAUGAGGAACACACUUGUCGAGAUCUCUUACCAGCCACCCUUGAAAGCUUCCAGAGUCGUUUGGCAGAAAAACCACAUUGUCAAUUUGAGUGCCUCCAGCUUGUGUUUUCCAUGUUUGACGAAGAAAUGCUUUUAUUUCAAACAAGAUUCCACAUAUUACAAGAGUUUCUCCUUAAACUCUUCAUGUUUUCUUCUCUUCAAAGUCAAAAAAUGUUUGCAAAGUUUGUCAUCAAAAAGUUACUUUCUUCAAUCAAAUCUCGUGUGAAAAUAGAAGAUACAACUCGUGUUCGCCAGAGACUAGUCUCUCAGGUCGGCAGUUGGACUUUACUUCAGCACAUUUAUGGAAUACCUGAAAGAAGCCUGUUUGAAACUCCAGGAAGUGAAUUGGUGCUUGCUGCUUUUGAGGGUUGUGAGGAUACAAAAGUUACUACAGGAAAAGAACUGACUACUUAUCUGACCAGAAGAGCUAUGGAGGCAUUUCAAAAUCCCCCCAAUUGUGAGAAAGUACCCUCUGACAUCAAGGAAUUGUCCCGCAAAUAUUUAUGUGCAGUAUAUAACACUUGUGUUACUUUUAUCUGCAAUUUAAAAACAGAGCCCACUGAUGCCAAAUUUUAUGACAAAUUUUUGUUUGAUGAAACUUCUAAAAAGAUUUGGUGUUUGCUUGUUGAUGAGCAUGAGCGCUACCUGUUGCCUUAUUGCGAAACAGAGCAUCUGAAAAACGUGGAGAAAGUAACAUCAAUCAGACAGAAACUAACUGAAGACAAGUCCGCAGAAAAGGGAGACAUCCGCAAAACUCUUCAGUUCAUUGAGUCUCAGUCGUUUGCUGGCUCACUUGAGACCGAUAUCACCCGGUUUGACUUUUCUCACUCGAGACUACUAAAAGCAGCUAGCAAUCAAGAAUAUAAUAACGAAAAGACCAUUAUCAAUUUGGAAGGUGAUUCUUUGAACAAUCAUGAAUGUAUGGCUACAGUGUGUGGUGUGAUUCGCCACUUAGUGAACAGUGCCAUCACUCCAGUUCCUUCUAUUGACACUGAUGCUGUGCCCGUUCUCCCUGGAUGGAUGAAUUCAUUGAAGAAUUCCCUGCUUGAUCAAACCUGCCCCAAAAACAGUCUUGUGUUCCUUUUGAGAGUGAUUAUCAAUUGUGAAUCAUACUUUGCCCCCUACGCUAUGCACUGGAUUCCACCAGUUCUGGAUUGCAUUGUAAGGACCUGUUUGACUGAUCGCAUUAGCUAUCUCUUUGGUGACUUAAUUUGCUUGAUUGCCAAAUGGAAUGGAAAUAAUCCAUCUGUGAAGAUUGCAGCAGGAAAAGUAAAUAAGUUAUUUCACUACUUAGUGUCCGAGUGCCCCAGCACUCAACAAAGUGUCUUUAAAUACCACUUAGAGCUGAUCAGAAAUUGCUUGAUAGUGUGGAAGGAUUAUAUCACCCCUCCAUAUGACACUCUAGAAAAACUGCUGAACUACCCGGAUAAGAAAGUUGGUAUCAACUUAACAGCUAUAAUGCUUUUCUAUGGUCUAAUCCCCUGGAGGCCCGAGUCGAAGAAAAGGUUCCUGUCAUUCCUCAUGAACAAUUUACGGGACUCAAAGAAAACUGUCUUUAAAGCUUCAUCUGAAUUGAUUGGUCUGUGUCUGAAACAAGUGGCUGAUGAAGCAGGUGAUGACCAAUCUGUCAAAGACCUAGUAGAUUAUUUGACGACUGUGCACUCGAAGGAACGAGACUGUGAUCGGUUUUUGACUGUGUUGUAUGGUGUUCAUGAAAACUUUCCACAAAUAGCAGAUUCAUUUAUACCUGUCAUCCGCUUUUAUUUGGAUCAAACUUAUGAUGACCGGAAAGCUUUGUGCCUCUGUCUCCUUUCCAAACAUCUUGACAGUUUUGGUGAAAACCCUUUCAAACAAUUGAAGGAACAUAAUUUACUGGCUAUGCUCAGUAGUCGAAACUCCAAAGUUCAAAUGAAGGCUUUGGGAAUAAUCUGCAAUUUAGUGUCAGACUUAGCAGACGAUGAACUUUAUGAGGUAAUUCAAGAAAUCUCAAAUAUCAACAGCUAUGUUCAGGGAGAAGCUCGUCAGCUUUUGUAUGAAAUAGCAUUAGCCUCCUUUGACCGAUGCACCUCCAGACAAGAAACUGGUAAACUAUCUGAAAAAGAAGAACAAAUUUACAGUGAAAGUAAGGCUUUACUUCUAUUAGGAUUAGUAGACUCAAAUAUGGAGCUGCAGAAAAAGUGCUUCUUGAAGUGGACACAAGAGGAGCGGCUGCCAUCUGGUGCUCCUGAACGUCUUACUACCAUGUUCUCUCUUAUGUAUUCUCCAAUGACUGAAGAGCAUUUCCUCAGUUACUGUGUUCCUUUGAUGUUGCAAGGCACAGCUGUCACUCCAGAUUUUCAGUCUCCAGUUUUUGCUCAUGGACUAGAUGAAUGUACUUUCCAAAAUCAGGAUAUUAUUGCUCAUUGGAGAGCCAAGAAUGGGCCCAUGGCUCCUAUGUUUGCACAAUCAAUGGCAAGUCAUUUAAGCUUUUCUGACUCGUACAAUUCUUCUUUUAAUGAAUCUACAGAUUCUAUUUUGGCCACUCAAGAUAGCCUUAUGUUUGAGCCAACAGCAGAUUUUGUUGAUGGAAGUUUCACUUCGAAUCAGUUGAAAUUCGAUGGGAGUAUGUUGCAAUCUAGCUUUUUAUUUUCCUCAGGAGAAGGGACCUUCAGCAGCCAAAAAGGUUCCCUCUCCAGAAAGCAAAAUUUCAAACAAGGCCUUGGAUUUGGUACAGAAAGGCUUCGUUUUGUUAAUCAGAGUGAACUUGAGGCUGGACCAAGACAGGGGGGAUCAAGUCGUAGAGCUAAUCGAUACAUAGGAAAGGAUUCAGCAUCCAAAGUUUUUGGGAUGGCAAAUGUCAGAAAAGCAAAACAAAGAGAGGAAAUGUGGAAAAAUCGUGCUCGAAAACGAGAAUCCCAAGUUAAAGUUUAUCGAAAAUAUAGGAAAGGAGAUUUUCCGGACAUCCAAAUUAAGUUUGCUGACUUUGUUAAUCCUCUAAUGGAAUUAGCUAAGCGUGACACUAUCAUUGCCAAGAAAGUCAUCGUUAAUUUGUUCACCGGAGUCAAAUCAAGGCUGCAAGCUUUAGGCAUACUUGACCCUUUUCAACAGCAAGCUUUAAGUUUGCUGAAAAAUAUUCUUGAAAUGAGUACAGUAUAUUCUCCCUCAGCAAUUGGUGCCUGUUUGGAAAUUGCUUACCAUUGUCAAUUCAACAUUGAUUCACAACUUGUAUCUGAAGCUGCUAUAGGUAGUGACUUGCGUGCCUUAGGGGUGCUGUUGCUUGAAUCAAAUACGUCUAAUAAUGAAGAAAUCUGGCUUCAACUGGCUGAAUUGUAUGAUGGUCUGGGUGAAAGGGAUGUGGCACAUGCAAUAAUGCUGCAUAAUGUUGAUCUCAAUUCAAAUGCCAAACUUGCCCUUGAAGCACACGCUGAGGAACAGUGGCCAAGAGCGAAACAAAGCUACUUUGAUGCUAUUGAUGAAAGAGGUUGUGACAAUUUCUAUGAAAGCUGUUUUGAGUGCAUGGCCAUCAUGUCAGAAUGGGGCUCUAUCAAUAAAGUAAUUAGGGAAGAGGUAAAAGAUGAUGAACGUGGUUUAGAUAAAUUGUGGGAUGAUCGCUGGUCAAUACAAAAUCUUUUACCUCGUCUUCUUCACAGUGAAGUGUUAAAUCUUAUCCAUAAGAACAAGGAUGAACAUCAGUUUUUGAAAGUUAUAAGUAUGUGGUUAGGUGACAAAGUGAAAGGGGAAGCUCUGCAAGAAAAUUUUUGUGAAACACUGUCAAUUUUGUUUUUGUUGAAGAAACAAUAUGUCAAGUCACAAUUCUUUGGGAGCAAAGCUCUCUCAAAGUUUAUUGAUGACUGGAAUGAUCUAAACCCACUCUUCCGAAAACGGCGUGAAACACUUUUAAUGAGUUUACAAAAUAUAGCUGAAGUGAUGGUAUUUUUUUCUGAGGGUGAAUGUGAAGAGAUCAAACCAGUGGUUGACUGGAAUGCUUUCCUAACUAAGCUUCAGAAUAUCAUGCCUGUUGCUGAGGAUUCAUUAAUGCAGUGGGAGACACGAAUAAGUUUUAGAAUUGCUUGUAUGAGGCAAAUGCCUGAAGACAUUCAAUCAGAAGUACAUGAAAGUUCAUUGAAGAUGCUGUUAAGCCUGGCAGAGGUAGCUCUGCUUCAAGGGAACCAAGUCUUUGCAAAGAAGUAUCUGAAUAACAUAAAAACAAUGCUAAACAAUCAGCCAACAGACAACUGUCUUAUCAAUACAAGAUUGUCUUUGGCAAAGUGCAGGGAAAGGCAUUUAUGGUCUGAAACUGUGACAGACAGUGUGAAGCGCUUAGAUCAACUUAUUCAUAUCUGGCAGAGCCUUGACACUAUUUUAGCUGACACAGACAAGGACAAGAACACUGAGCUGAUUUUUUCAGCUCAUAGUGCAGAUAGUAAUUUAAGUUACAGUAUUCUGCAAUUAAUUGACCAAGAAUCUUUGGAUGUUUUGGAAAUGAAUAGUACAGAACAUUAUGUUUGGUUGUGUAGCAAGCUCAUGCUGACUGAAUCUAGGACAAGCUCUGAUUUUGCCACAUCUUUGGAAAACAUUGGGCUUGUAAGUUUGGUUCAUUCCCUUGGUGAAAUCAAGCAUCAAAUGUCUCAGGAAAUGCUUAGUGGAGCCUAUUUGCAAAUAGCACAGUAUUGUCGCAAGAUACUAGAAGGCAGGACAGGUGGUGUUUCCACUGAUGUUACUUUCACUCGUCCUAUGGUGAAGAACACACUCUCUGCCAUGAAAUGUGGUUCAAGCAGAGCAAGGCAGCUCUUUCCCAUGCUCCUUCAGCUUCCAAAUCUUUCUACAGAUCUUGCCAACGACUUUAAAGAUAAGAGUGCUUCGGUCCCAGCCUGGAUGUUCCUAGGCUGGAUACCUCAGAUGUUAGCUCUGUUGGAUACAGAUGCUGUAAAUGUGGUUGGACCUCUACUAGUGAGGAUAGCAGAACAAUAUCCUAAUGCAGUGACCUACCCUUACAACAUCAGCAGGGGGAAUAAUUUAUCCAAUGAUGCAUCCAAGCUGAGAAUCAUAAAGAAGCUGGAUUGUUUGUUAGGAACGAAUUCUGUUCAGACACAGCUUGUGAGAGCUCUGUCAUGUUUGACCCACCCAUCCAUCAUUUUAAAAGACCACGUUGUGAAGCUAUCACAAGCUGUCUCAGUACCAACUGCCAUUGACUGGAAUGCCAUUGAGAAGAUUAUUGGUACAGUUUUUGAAGAGGUUCUAAAUGACUGCUGUGGACGUCAUCCAACUUACAAGUUUACUGGCAAGUUCUUCAGCAGUCUUGAAGAUGAAAAACUGCAUCAAUUAUUUAUGGAGCUUUGUGAUGCUGUGAAAACAAAAUCCAAACCAUCUUUUGAUAAUGUUCUCAAAAAAAUUUCUGAAGCCUGUAAGAAGGCCGAAAAAUCUGACAUUAAAAAUAUUAAACCUCAUUCCAAGCUAAAAGAUUUCUCUCGUUGGCUCGCCGAAUUUUCCUCUUCUAAGAUGAACGUCAGCAUUGAGAUUCCGGGACAGUACACAGGAGACCAAAAGCCCACUCCUGAACGACAUGUUAUGAUAUCUCGGUUUGAAGAAAAUGUGCAAGUGAUGCAAUCUCUGAGGAAACCUGUGAAACUGACCAUUAUUGGAUCAAACAGCACCAGCAAUACCUUCUUGGUGAAGUAUGGUGAGGAUUUAAGACAAGACGAGCGUGUGCAGCAGCUUCUGUGCCUCAUGAAUGGAGUUUUUGCUCACAAUCAAGUCUGUAGAGAGCGCCACCUUUCAGUUCUCACAUAUAAGGUUGUUCCAUUGUCAAGCAGUCUGGGCAUUAUUGGAUGGGUUGAUAACACAUCAACUCUUAAAGAGUUAAUGCUAACAUCUCUUUCCAAAGAAGGAAGAAAAAUGGCGGAAAUAGCUGGACACAAACAUCGUUCAUGGAUAAAUGAAAUGGAAGGAAGUAACCCCAAAAUAAAAUUUGGCAAUGCUCACAAAAGUUAUUCCAGAAAUGAAAGUGUUUCUCAGUUUGCAAAGCUGGUUGCCUUGACACCAUACGAUGUUAUAAGGAAGGGUUUGGCAUUGUGGAGCUCUAGUGCAGAGGCGUUUUACUGGCUCCGUCACUCAUUCACCACAAGCUUCAGUGCCAUGUGCAUUGCUCACUGGCUGCUGGGUGUCGGAGAUCGUCAUCUGAGCAAUUGCUUGAUCUCUGAAAGCAAUGGCCAGUGCAUUGGCAUAGACUUUGGUCACUGCUUUGGAUCAGCCACUCAAUUUCUUGCUGUCCCAGAACUUGUGCCUUUCAGGCUGACUCCUCAUAUUGUGAAUGUUGCCCACCCACAUGGCACUACAGGAUUGAUUGAGGAAACGAUGGUUAGAGCACUAAGAGCUCUUCAAGCUGACCCGGAAGUCUUGAUUGCCACAAUGCAGGUCUUUAUUCAAGAACCCUCCCUAGAUUGGCUAGUCAGGGCCAGGGAAAAUUUUGCUUACAAUGAAGAUAACCCAUCCUGGUUACCUGCAUCAAAAAUUCAGCAAGUGAAACAAAAGCUUAAAGGUGUUAACCCAGUGGUUGCAAUGAGGGAAGAUCUUGAAAGCAAUCUGCAUCGUGAAUUCAGAACAGCUUACCUGGGCACCGUGAAGGGAGAUGCUAGUGUCAACAUUAGAGCCACUCUGGGAAAUGAAGGCCUGACUGCUAGACAACAAGUUCAAUGCCUCAUUGACCUGGCAACAGAUGAAAAUCUCUUGGUGAAGAUGUGGCAUGGUUGGGAACCAUGGAUGUGAGCCUUGUAUGCUCUGAAUAAAUGUAAACUGUCUUCUGGCACUGUAACCAAAUUUGUAUUCCACUUAUUUUUUUUAUUAUUAUUAAAAAUUGGAUCAAUAUUU